GGGGGGCUAGGAAGAAUACGAACCAGAGGGAAAACUCGUUUGUAGGGACAGGAAAAUUCCUGCAGGACGGUUCUGCCGAGUCAAACAUUCGCAGUUAUCUCAACUGAGCUUCGGUACAACGGAAUACCCAGAUGAAUGUUUUCGGUAACAGAGGUACUUUUCCGUGUCUUUUACGGAUCAUUUUUUGUGCGGCAAUUGUACGGAAGAAAAAAUCUCAGUUUCUCCAACUGAACGGGGGGACCACCAGAUGAAAACUUGAUGACAAGAAAUGAUGUCUCUAUCACUGCGACUGAAAACUAUGGUUUCAAAGUUCCGAAAAAACUGUUUUUUUCUUCUCAAUUCUUUUACAAAUUUCCACAAAAAUUUUUUGGGAAAAAUUCACAUUCGCAUUCUCGGUUAAAACAUCUGUGGCAUUGACUUUUUCUGCGAAGAAGAUGAGAAACCCAAAAAUUCACGGGAAAAUGGGGAGAGACAAUUUUGGAAGAAUUAUACCGAGAGCAUGCAUUCGUGCGAGCCUUCGGCUGCGUUAAAACUCGCUUGAGGCAACUGACUGAGCAAUUGACCUGAGCAUGAACCUCCCACGAGAAUCUGUUCCUACAACCGAGUUCGGUUCCCAGGAGAAUUCAAUUACACCAACGAAAUUGUUUCUUCCGUGUACGAUAAUCUUUUAAUCUUUGCCGCUGAAGGCUGAUCCCCUCACGAUGAACGAUCUCCUCGCGCAAACGUGAGCGAGAUUUCGGCGAGGAGCGAUCGUUUCUCGGAUGUGCGCCGGUACGAAAACGACUCUUCGUACACCCGGACCGCGGCGUCGGGGCGAGCGACGGUCAGCGUGGAAAGGGAGCGAGCGAGAAGAGAGAGAGAGAGAGAACCACGACGACGACGCGCCUCUCUCAAAAUAGCUCUCCCAAUUUCCCGCUGCCCCGCCGUCUCUCGUGACGCCUUUUCGGGUCGCGCUUAGUUACCAUCUCUCGAGGAGAACUGGCAUCACCCAGUCGUCGUAAGCACCGCGAUAAACCAACGACAUGUGCACCGGCCGAUCGCGAAGGAGGCGCUCGUGGAACGUACACGCCCGUCAAGUGGAUACCCAGCAAGAUAUCGAGCCUGCGUCCGGAUAAUCGCAGCCAUUAAUUAUGAUCUGAACACCCGAAGACUGACACGAAGCCGCCCACAGCCGUUCGCCUUGUUGGACGUUCCUCUUUCCUUCCCUCCGUCUCUCUCUCUCUCUCUCAUUUUCUCUCUAUCUCUUCCUCCCCGCUUUUUCUCAUCUGAAAACGCCCCGAGAAGACUGACGUCUGUUUCAGAAUCGAUUUAAAUUGUCAAGAUACCCGUGCACCGAGCGCGAACUCGCUCGUUCACCUCGAGAGCGGAAGUCGAGCUCCUGUUCCGCUCCCGUUUGAUCCGCGUUCGCACGCUCGCUCCGUCGGCCGCGCGUGUUGUGACGCGCAGGAAUGUUUCAGAGCUGAUUAAUCCGUCCGAAAUCGAGAUGAUCUCACGCUUCGUUCCACGAGGUGUCCUCCAGUGACGGGGAAUCGCCGGCAUUAGUCGAGACCGAGCAGCAGUCCCCGAGGAAGUCGCCGGCCGAGGUCGACUUCCGUAACGCGUCGCGCUUUCCUCACCCCGGACUGGGUUGGCCGCCCGGCCACGUCGUUAUUGCGUCGGCGGGCGUCGUACGCAAAAGUGCCGCCUUAUUUCCAGAGACGUAUUUCUCGGUAGACGCGACCGCACGUCGCUCCGAAUUUACAUUGUGCUAAUUAUACGCAUCGCGUGGUCGCUCUAUAUCGCUCAGUUUGUUGCCUUUGCGAGAGGGAGUACCGCACGUCGGUGGUGUGUGUGUGUGUGCGUGCACGCGCGGUUGCGACAAUCGCGGAAGUAUUGUGCAAUGCGCGGCGACGUGCGCGAAUUAAUAUAGAGCGAUCUCGCGGUCUCUCGGCGCGCGCGAAAGACACCUACUCGCCGGCGGAGGGAGAAGCGACACGGCGAAAUCGUCCUCGGGGGCAACGGCGCAGCUACAAUUCCCCGCGUCCGAGCGAAAAGAAACUCGGACAGUUCUCUCGGAGCAAGGCGACCGUCCGACCCACCGAAAAUAGACCGUGGGUGCGCGAUGCGAUAUCGCAGUAUUGCCAUCCUUCCGGGAAAAACUGCGCUACGGACGAGGGUCGGCGGAGAAGGCGCUCGCAAAUAGACGUCAUUACAUAAGAUCGUCCUCCCCCCCGGUACUCGUCGAGGGAGAUUGGCCGAGGCGCAGGUGUUGUUGUUGUUGUCGUCGUCACGUAGACCGCUAGUCGUCGCAACGGGACUCCCGGCGUGUCCUCGCGGUGAGCGAUCUUGGAAUCGAUGAGCAGAAGAAGAACGUGCACGGGAGCAGUGCGUCAUCGUCUCCUCCGGUCGGGAGAGGAGGAGGAAGAGGAGAAGAAGAAGAAUAAGUAGACGAGAAGACGAUAAUGCCCCGCGCUGGAUGACGGCGCGUCGGUGGCCGAGAUGUACGGACGUCAGGAUGAUUCGGGCGGGGACGACUCGCAGGUGCCGCCGUGGCUGGUGCGCGCCGAAGUCACGAUCCGUCGCGGCAACGCGACGACCUCCGAGACCGUGCCGGCUGGCACCACCGUCGGCCCCGACACGGCCGGCAUCCGCAUGAUAUGCCGUUGGAACACGAGCGAGCCGGACUCCACGGCGACUCCUGCGGCUCCUGCGGCCGCGUCCCCGCCGCUCGGCGGCUUCGGCUUUCAACGCGGUAAUAUACUCUUCACGUCCACGCCGCCCGAGAGACCGUCCGCCGGCUCUUACACUCUGCCACGAUCCGGCUCGUCCGGCAACGACGACUCCAUCUCGUCCGCCAGGGGCCGGGCGAACGACUCCGGCUACACCAGCGAGCAGCAUCCGCACGCGUACUCGAGUCUACCCACGCGACGGCCGUCCCAGCAGUACAACCGCAGGUGCAAGAGCACGUGCAGCAUCGUGCUGCAGCAGCAGUCCGCCGCGGACGGCAAGAGCAGCCCGUCGUCCAGGUCCCCGAGAGACUCGUGGCAGCAUCGUCGACAGCUGUUCCCGCGUUAUCCGUUCAGCGCGGUACCGGAGGUGUGCGAGGACUGCGCCGAGGGUAGCGCCGCGUCCAGCGCCUUCACCACGCACUUUUGCACGCGGGUCGCGGAGAAGAGCGCGAAUAGAGCGGCCGCCGCGACGGCUAGCAAAGACGCCGCUUCGCAGACCACCGACAUCGAGUCCGCGCGCUCCUCGUCGACCCUGUCGAGGGGCAGCAGAGUCAGGAGGAGACCGGCCACUGCCGCCGGUCAGUCUGACGAGAAGAAGAAAGAGCAGGAUAUUCGGUCGCCCCCGGCGUCAGCGGCGACUGGUGGUUCCGCUCCUCCUGCUCCCCUGGCCGACUCCGAGAAAUCCGAUUCGUCGACGCGAGAGGACAGCAAGCGGAAAUCGCGGACGGUGCAUAUCGACGUGUACUGCACAGGCUCGGACGACGAUCUCAGCGUGACGGACACGAGCAGCGACGACGAGCGCAGCACGCCGAUGACCGUGUUCGAGAACGAGGACGUCAGGAUCACGCACACGCAAGCGACCAACAACUUGCCCCGCGGAUUCGAGGACGAGAACGCGUUCCUGAAGCGCACCGCCGAGCGACGAUGCGCGAGCUUCCGCAACGCGCCGAUGAGGAUGCCGUCGUUGGCGAGCUCGAAGGGCUACGACAGCGACGAGGUGCUGAGCUCGCUGUACCCCUCGCGGUUCAGCUCGUACACCGCCUUACGAGACCUCGACUCGGCGCCCUGGUCCGCCGCGUCGUCCAGCACGGCGGUCUCGUGCGACUCGGCGACCAUGACGUCGUCGAAGGACACCGACAUCGAGUCCCUGCUCAACAGCACGUCGGCCCUGACGCCGUGCGAGAGCUUCGAGUACGCCAACUCGACGGACCGCGAGCGGAUACGGCGAAUGGACCUGGGCGCCGACAGGGAGAAGAGCAAGACCUGGCGGUCGCCGCAGAUCGAGCGCAGGCAGCUCUUGCGGAACAAGAAGAUGAAGGAGUACUUCGAGAAGCACGAGAUCGCCUGGUCGUCCGCGGACAGCGCCGAGGAGUCCGACGAGAGCGGCCCGGUCGGCUGGAGCGGCUCACGAGCCGCGAAACAGGCCGUCGCUCGCAGAAGCGCCGCCCCGGAGGAAGAAGGCCCACGGGCGACGCGCGACCACGCUCCUCCGCACUCCGUCCUGCGCGACCGCAUCGGCCCGUUCGGCUCCAAGAGCCCGUCCCCUCUCCCCUCGACCAUACCUUCCCGCGUGACCUCGCCCUUCACCACCCCGCACGGCGAACGGACCGAGCACAUCGCGAAGGCCUCCGUGUUCGGCGCGGUGAUCAGCGCGUUCCGGAAGCCCGGCCACCACAUCGGCCCCGCGAAGAAUCCCUCGUGCCUCUGCGAGCAUUGCCGCAGGUUCUUCGAGGAGGAGGCGAAGGGACGCUCCUCCUCGUUGAGCGAGCUCGAGCGUCACCCGGGCUUCAAGUCGCCCAAGGAGUGACGAGCGUUCAUCCUCGCGGGCUUCCACCGGCGCACACACCGGUCUUCUUCUUCUUCUAGACUUUACCGAGUCGCGAAAUUAAGUAAGACUCGCAUAAUCGAGUCUGGAUCGUGGCCUUGCGGAGCACCCGAGCUCGGUGCGUAGUACCAGUCGCGCUUUGUUCCUGGCGUCAGUCGAAGAGGACGCUGCGGAAACUCCUCGUGUAUCGUGAUUCGUGUGUUUAAUUUAUUAUAUAUAUAUAUAUAUGUAUAUAUGUCCUUCUGAAGUAUUCCACGCAUUAUACUAUAUAUCGUAGAUCUUUUUCUAUUCGAAUUCGUAGUCCACGGGGGCCGCCACGCCGCACAUUCUGCUGGGAAUCGAGCAUUUAUGAGAGUUAACAAGGAUGUAUCUUGCCGAGAUUGCGUUGUUGUUAAUAAAUAUCAAUGAUCCAUGA